AUGGCAUCCAAGGGUGGCUUCACGCCCCUCGAUGCCCCUGGGACCGGGACCAAUGCUGCGCCGUCGCAACCCAAGAAGGUGGCCUACUUCUACGAUUCAGAUGUGGGAAACUACGCAUACAAUGCCGGACAUCCAAUGAAACCACAUCGCAUACGAAUGGCCCACAGCCUGAUCAUGAACUACGGACUAUACAAGAAGCUCGAAAUUUACCGCGCUAAGCCCGCGUCAAAGUACGAGAUGACACAAUUCCACACCGACGAGUAUGUCGACUUCCUGCAGCGCGUGACACCGGACAACAUGGACAGCUUUAUGAAGGAGCAGGGUCGCUACAACGUAGGAGACGAUUGUCCUGUCUUCGAUGGACUGUUCGAGUUCUGCGGCAUCAGUGCCGGUGGCAGUAUGGAGGGUGCUGCGAGACUCAACCGUGGCAAGUGCGAUGUCGCGAUCAACUGGGCUGGUGGUCUGCAUCACGCGAAGAAGAGCGAAGCCUCAGGGUUCUGCUACAUCAAUGACAUCGUCCUCGGCAUACUCGAGCUGCUCCGAUUCCACCCUCGCGUCCUCUACAUCGACAUCGACGUCCACCACGGAGAUGGUGUUGAAGAAGCAUUCUACUCGACCGAUCGCGUCAUGACCGUCUCCUUCCACAAAUACGGCGAGUACUUCCCCGGAACUGGCGAACUUCGAGACAUCGGUGUGGGCGCGGGCAAGAACUACGCUGUCAACUUCCCACUUCGUGACGGCAUCGACGACAACAGCUACAAGACCAUCUUCGAGCCCACCAUCGGCUGGGUCAUGGAAUACUAUCAACCCACGGCUGUCGUGCUACAGUGCGGUGGUGACUCUUUAUCUGGAGACAGACUCGGCUGCUUCAACCUGAGUAUGCGCGGUCACGCAAACUGCGUCAACUACGUCAAGUCCUUCGGCAAGCCUACUCUGAUCCUCGGCGGAGGUGGCUACACGAUGCGCAACGUCGCACGUACUUGGGCAUACGAGACUGGUCAGCUUGUGGGUGUAGAGAUGGGUCCCGACCUUCCCUUCACGGAUUACUACGAAUACUACUCUCCCGAUUUCGAGCUGGAUGUCAAGCCUAGUAAUAUGGACAACGCCAACUCGUUCGAAUAUCUGGACAAGAUCAAGACUCAGGUCCUGGAGAACCUCAAGCGCACAUCGCCUCACGCACCGAGUGUGCAGAUGCACGACGUCCCUCGCGAGCCGCUCGGCAUGCACAACGCAGGCCCAGACGGCGAGCCGGAGACGUUCGAAGAACAAGAAGAUCGACUGGACGAUGAGGAAGACGAUGCAGAGGCCAGCAAGGAUCGAAGAAUAAAUCAACGAAUGUGGGAUCGAAACCGAACAGGAGACAACGAGAUAGACGAGAGCGAUGACGAAGAGAUGGCUGAGGCGAACGGCGUGAAGCGACAGCCAGGACGGCCGAGAAGACGAGGCAUCAUGGAUCAUAUCAACCCACACGGACCGACAGACGACAGCGGUGCCAACACGCCAGUAGAUGAUGAUUCGCGAAGUCUGGAUGGCGAUGCAGAUGAUGAGGAGAAUGGAGGCGCGAUGCAGUUGGACGGUACGGCAGAUGAUCCACUCGAGGCGAAUGCUGCUGUCGGCGAGAGCAUACUAGCUGCGAAGGCAAGCAAAUCUCCCGCACCUCCCGGAUCUUUGACCGCAAAGGCCGAGCCAGCGGCCAGCGAUCAAAGUGAAGCUGGCGCCGAAGACGAAGCCGACGAUGAAAUGCAGGUGGACAGCGUGGAGAGUGCGCAACCUUCGGCGAUCGAUAGACUCGCCUCGGAAGCAGCCGCACAGCAGACCAGCACACCUCCGAAAUCGCCAGCGCCGGUGGUUGCCAACACUGCUGCCGAGCCAUCAGCAACAGAAGAUGUGGAAAUGGCAGAGAGCGCCCAAGCAGCCAAGGACGAAGGCGAAGCCGAGCGCGAAAGUGAAGACACAAAGGCCGAAGCCAGCAACGAGCUGGCAACAAAGGACGCUCCUCCCGCGGCUUAG